AAGUCUUCCGGGUUAUACAUGAUUGAGUUCCCCGCCUUUUGAAAUAGCUGGAGUACACUCAGCCUCAGGACAACAACAUCACCGAAAUCGACUAGUUUUAUGUUGUCUAUUUAUAGUCGCUAAUUCUUUUACUUGACGUUUUUGUGUAUCUUUUAAACCCCGAAUAUAUCGUAUUAGCUGUUAGGCUGCCAUGUUGCUCCCUUCUGAUGUGGCCCGGCUUGUUUUGGGAUACCUGCAGGAAGAGGGACUGCCAGCCACCAGCAGAGCUUUUAUUCACGAGAGCCCAAACCUGAAGGAGUAUGCCGAGCACACUAUUGGAGAUGGGACCAUUCCUGCAUGCGUUUUUUCGAUUUUUGGAAAAGGUUUAACAACUAUUUUAAAUGAGUACGUAGCUGCCAAAGCUAAAGAAUCCUCUCAAGAAGUGCCUCUUGUGAUGACCUCAUUGUGGAAAAAGUUGGACUUUACUCUCAACCAAAUAAAGUCAUUGCAGAAUUCUCCUGCUAUAUCAGCAAGUCAAAGAACGCGUUCACGCAUCGGAGUGGCCAACAUGGCAAGGCAGCGGGCCUUGACUGCCGGUUCUGUUGGUGGGAUCAUUUGUUCUUCUGCUUCUGAAGCGAGCUCCAUCAUCAGCCCUGUGCACACCCCCCACAGCAUGCUCGGCCACUCCACUCCGGUGUGCAUCACAGGCCCGCACGUCAGACAAGUGCCAAAUGGCGUCACGCAACAGCAUCAAGUUCCAGACAUCAACCGAAUAUUGAAUACACCCAGGGAUUCCCCUGUGCAGAUUAUUGUUUCAGAGCACCGGUUAACUUCAGGCCCAAUGUCCCCUGGUCGACGGAAAUGGGAUACUCCCAGGAAGAGAGGUGGUGCUCCUGGUGGGUCCAGUGGACCUAAUAGGUCUGCUCUUCCUGUUGGAAGCGUCAGUACUGAACCCCAACCUGAAGAGGUCGUUGAUGAGAACUUUCCUCAACUUGUGAUACAAAAUGCUCGUGACAAGAUCCUGGGAGACAGGUCACUACAAGAGAAGCUCGCAGAAAACAUCAACAAAAUUCUUGCAAAUGAGCCAGUACCACAAACACCAAAAGCCUCUGAAGGCCCCGUGGAGGCAGACCAGUCUAUAGAUGAGAUUCUGGGAUUGCAGGGUGAAAUUCACAUGAGCGAUGAUGCCAUCCACGACAUUUUGGAACAAACAGAAUCUGACCCGGCUUUUCAGGCUCUCUUCGACCUCUUCGAUUACAAUAAAACAAGAUUCACAGACGGGGAGACGGGGGACGUAGAUGUCAGCAGCAGUCCAGAAGAAAUCGACAAUGCCGGACCUUCAUCUACGGUCCGAGUCCUUCAGAACAACGAUCCAGAUCCUGUGCAGCAAUUACAAGAAAAUCCUUCUGAUUCCACACCAGUAACCCUGAAGAUAAAAGCUGUACCGGAGCGUCAGACCAGGAAGUCCACCGCUUCUGUCUCAUUGAAGAAAACCGUCAUUGACUCUAGCGGAAGGUCAUCCAGGAUAGAAAACAGCUCGGCCAGGUUAUUGGUGAGUCAUGGAGAGCACAGAGCCUCCUCGUCUGCCACGCUGGAUCCCAAAAGAAAAGAAAAGCCCUCGCACCAAAAUAACAAUGGCGGUGAGGUAUCCAUGGAGAUUUCUGAGACGCCACUGCCCACGCUAUCCCCCACUUUGGACAGUUUGGCCACUCGGGUUAACUCGGAGGAAACCAUCCCUUCUUCAGGUGCCAUUAUUAAUUCAACCUUAGUCUCUUCAUCAGAAGACUCUGCGCUGCCAGAAGCUCUAAAUGUGGACAAGAAUCAAAGUCAGGGAUCCAAUAAAAAGAAUCCUCCUCCUUGUCUAGCUGUAAAUGACCAGCUUGUUGUAGUGUCUCCUUUGGGAGUUCAGGAGAACAACACCCAAAGUUCAAGUCUUCAGUCUUCUGUGUCAGUUUUAGGCAUUGGAGGUGAAGCUUUGCCAGAAUCUACGGUCUCAGUAAUGUCUUUCUCUACCAGCUCUACUGCUACAAGUGCCUCCGCCUCUUUAGUUUCCAUCCCUGUGCUUGGAGCAGCUACACCUGCCCUAACAUCUGUAACCCCUGCACCCCAAUCCAGCACUCUGUCCUCACCUCCCUCUGUUGUAGGGAGUUAUUCAGCCACCAACCCUACAACCCCUAUCAAAGCCACAGGAGAUUCUAGCAAUGUAGUGUCCUUAAAGAUCAUCAUAAGCGAUAACAAAGAUGAGGAUACUUCCAAAGAUACCACCUUAAAUCGAGCCAUUUCAGGAAUCUCGGUGGACAAGAUUCCCACUAUCUACCUUUCGUCUCCAGCCAAGUCACCCGGAGGACCUGGUACUCCAAAGGCCAACUUUGAUGAGGCAGCACAGGCGGUCCGUGGCUUGCAAAGCUCUGAAGCAUUUGGCAGUCCAGCCAGGUGUCGAGCUGGAGCGAUAUCCACGUCUCCAUUUGGUAGAACGUCGCAUCCCCAGCAAAGAUAUAUAAUUCAGUUGCCCGUGGAUGCAGCUAAACCUGCCAUCCAGGAGUCUCCUGCCAGCUAUUUCCUUGUGACUCCAACAGCAGAUGUUCAAGCGAAACAGGUGCAGCUUCCUUCCGAUGUCUUAGGACAGCCUCUGACAGCCAGUCCGUUUGGGCUAACCACACCAGGACUUACCGAAAGCUUCUCCACAGGGUCUACAAUCAUCUUGCCCUCCGCUGUAAACCCUGUGGUUCUUCCUGUUUCUGUGGUGGGCCAGAACCCCUUGGGAAAUGUGCAGCUGGUGUCCAAUCAGCUUGUUGACGUACCAAACCCCAUCCCGGUUCAGUCAAUGGAAACACUGAAGCCCGUGACGCUGGCAGCCAAACAGGCUCCAAAUUCCGGCAUGUCAGAUAAAAGCAGGGAAGUUCAGCUUAAAACCACAAACCUGUUUGAUGCAGCAACGGGUCCAAGUCACAAACGAAUAUUGUGUUUUGAAUCUUCUUCUUCUUCGGAAACUCCACCAUGCAAUUCUAAAACUACUGAAACCAUCAAGUCCAUGGCUCCAAAUCCGUCUGGAUCUAAAUCUAUUCCAUCAGCCGAUAAGGACAAAAGACAUCCAGUCACCAGAACGAAACCCAAUAUUUUGGGUGGCAAUAAACCCAAAAGGAGAAUAGAGCCUGUCCGAUGUUCAGGAGGUUCUCAAACUGGAGUGGACUCAUUAAAUGCUACAGUUCCUGUUCAAAAACCACAGAAAGAGUCUUCAAAAAACACUUCUAACAGCCAGAAAGUUGGCAUUCAGAACAAAGAGUUUCAAAGUUCAAGUUCUUCAAGUGUUUUGCAAACUGAGGCUUCGAAAAAGUCAGAAUUAGGAGAACUGUCACAACCUAGUGAUAAGAAUGUUGCAUCUGCAGAAGAAACAAAAGCAGAAACCGCUCGGAGUUCGAGGUCAACAUCAUCCGAUGGAUCGGAAAGUAGAAAGGACAGAGAAGACGGAAGGAAAGAGGCAGCCGGGAAAUCCCGUGAGGGCCGAGCAGAGAAAAGGACUCCGUCACAAGAGAUGCCACAUGUCACGGCCAACAAGGAAAACGAAAUGCAAGAACAGAAGCAGCAACAGGCGACGACGUCUACUUCCUCAGAGUCCAGAGACUUCAGCCCUCCAGCCGCCUCACCGCAGACACCAAACCCGCAACCCAAGGUUGCAAAGACUCCAUCAAAGACCAGCUCUUUGGCCAAGCAGGCAGCUGAGAUGCUGCAAGACUUUCAAGGACAGAGGAGCUUGUCCACUCCGAGUAAGAAAUCUGGAACGGUCAGUUCCACCCCUGGUCUUUAUGCGAGUGUCCAUAGCCAUGAGGUACCUGCCGACUGCCCCAGGACACCCUCCCACCCUAAAAAGGGUAAAGAUAUCGAAGGGACCCCCAAGCAUCAGUUAACUCCUAGAACCCCUGAUGUUCCGACCUGCAGCCCUGCCAGCGAAGCCGGCAGUGAGAACAGCAUCAACAUGGCAGCACACACGCUCAUGAUUCUGUCCCGGGCUGCCAUCGCCAGAACCGGCACCCCACUGAAGGACAGCCUGCGCCAGGACGAGGCUGGACAGAAAUCACCUGGAAGUUCAAAGAAUAAGAAACGCAAAGCACCUUCACCAACAGAAACGCCCUCUUCAAAGAGAGAGCUGAAACAAUCUCCCAGUAAAAAGAAAGACAGGGAAAGGAAAAAACUGAUGGAUUGCUUUCCCCAUGAUUUGGAUGUGGAUAAGUUUUUGUCUUCUCUUCACUAUGAUGAAUAAAAUGGAACAAUCCGGCGGGACACCAGAAACCUACAAAACCACAACACUUUUUAAGUUAGAAUUCAGGAAGACACAAAAACCAUAGUCCAGCCUGUGUCCGCGGUUCUGCAAUCUAUGGUUCCUGACUCCAAAUGACUCGUUCUGCCACGGCCAAGAUGACUGUUUUACCGUGUUAAUGAUGUCAGACCAGCUAACUGUCUAAAUACACCAUUAAACUAUUCCAUCAAUGUGUUUUUUCUAAAGCAUGUAGCCACUGCAAAGUCCAGAUCUAACAACAAUUCAUCUUCUGUGCUAGUCCAUCAUUCCUCACCAAUACAGGAUCUUAAGAUGGGAGUUGAAUAUUGUUCCACUUUUUUGAAAACAUGGGGAAUUGGCACUAAAAUAAAUCAAAAGUAUAAAUAAUAAAAGCUUAGUGUGUGUCGAA